AUGAUUUUUCUACGUUUCCUAUUUAUAAUCUAUUUUACUAAUGCAACAUACCUUUAUUUUGAACGUGAAUCUUAUGAAAUAUUCAUUAGUGAAUCAAUACAAAUCUAUACGAAAAUUGCUCUCAUAAAGGCUAUUUCGUAUCCAUCGUUAUCCAUUCAAUAUGAACUUCACGGUGAUACAAAUCAAUCGUUUUAUCUGAAUUCACUUACAGGUGAAUUAACAUUAUUGAAUCCUGUCGAUUACGAAACUAUUCCAAUCUAUAAAUUAACAGUUGAAGCGCGUUCAACUUCGGCAGUAGCACCUUGCUUUAGUGAAUUAAUUAUUCACGUAUUAAAUAUCAAUGAUAAUCCGCCAGAUAUAAAUUUAAUUAUUUAUCCUUCUCUACUAUAUAAAUCAAAUACAAUAAAAUACGAUUUGAAUAUUUCAUCGACACCAUUUGCAACAAUAAAUAUUAAAGAUUUUGAUGAAUCAACAAAGAAUCUGAGUUUGUAUUUAAACGAUACCGAACACUUUCAAGUUCAAUUAAUACGACAAAUUAAAAAUGAUGUAAUUUAUAUUUUAUCAACAAAAAAUAAUGCUCAAUUAAUUGAUCAAGACGAUUAUUAUUUACUCUUAACGGCAUGCGAUAAUGAUCAACCCUUAUUGUGUACAAAUCAAACAUACAAAUUUCACAUGAAAUCAAAUGAAUUUUUAUGUAAUUUAUCGUUCAGCCAAAAAGUUUAUAUUAUUGAUAUAAAAGAAAACACACCGGCAGAAACAUUUUUAAUGCAUAAAAUAACAAAUAAAUUUUGUCGAAAUAUAACCUAUUCGAUUGAUGAUACAAAAAACUUCUAUAUUGAUUCAUCUACAGGUGAUUUGUUUACGUUAACGAAGUUCAAUCGAACUGAACAAAGCAUUUAUUCAAUUCAAUUAUUUGUCAAUUAUUAUAUUAAAAUACAAAUUAUUAUACGAAUAGUUGAUCAAUAUGGAAAUAUUCCAUUUUUAACAAGUAAAUAUUCAUUUAUGAAUCAACGAACAUUUCUAUCGGCACGUCUAUUUAAUUCAACAUUAUGUCGACCACAAGCCAUUAUUGAAAAUUAUUUUCAGCUGCUACCAAACUGUACGAUUCUAUCUUUAAUGAAACCACCUUCGGGUCAAUAUUUAUUCAAUAUUGAACUUGAACAACGCAUAAAUUAUAAAGAUACAUUUUUACUUGAACUUAAAGAAGAACAAGAACACAAGUUAACAUUUAGAAAUUCCCAAUGGAUUACUAUUAUUAUCUCGAUUAUCAUAAGUAUUUUAUUGGUUAUAGGGAUAAUCAUUGUUCUUAUUGUUAUAAUCAAACACGAUCGAUACAAAUGCCUUCAAAAAUGUCGAGUUAAACAAAAACCAUCAUCACGAUCGAGCAAUACUAGAAGUACAGAUAAUAAGAGUCAUUCAAAUAAAGCUGAUGGACUUUCUACUGUUUCAAAAUUAAAAGUAUAUGAUGAUCAUGAAUCGUCAUUAGCACCGUCGAGUACAACACUAUAUUUAGUACAAAAACCAUCACCACCCCUUUCAUCGUUGAGUCCAUUACGUGAUGAUGAAGGCUAUUCAGGAAGUUCGAAUGUAUCCGAAAAUCAUUUACCAUUGGAAUCAACAGUGAUUUCAGUUAAUGGAUUAAUCGAACAGUAUCAUGUACACGAAUUUCCUAAACGUCCAUCGAAAUCAUCUGGAUAUGAUACACCAAGACGUUAUAGUGACCGAAUAAAUGGAUCUCGCGUGUCACGGGAUAUUACACUUGUUUAA